CCUGCAUCAGAUCAGUGAAAGGGAAUGGAUGAUCCUUUGUUAUUUUUGCUCUGCUUUUAUUUCAGAAGUGUUGUAUUAGGCACAGAAUUACCGUCUUCUUAUGUUGCAAUUUAGUCUUGAUAACUGCAACUUCUCAGUAACAUUCCUGCCCAGUGACUCAUAGCAGCUGUAAGCCUCAACUCUACAGAAUUUAAUAGCAAAAACAAUCGCAGCCUGGGAAGGGCUCUGGAAUUCUUUGCAUCAGCUUAAGAAGAUUUAACAACUUAGAGUUCUGUCCAGAGCUUCCAAAGAAUGAAAAUUUUGAUAAUGAUUGAUUUUGUCCUUGCAGCGAGCUUGAUGGAUGCCACUGGCAGCUCUGAUCUACAGAACUGUUUUCAAGAGCAGAUACAACUUCAGGGCCAGGUGAGGCUUCUGGAACAUCGUGUGCAACAGCAGCAGUUAAAAAUUAUACAGCUUUUAGAGAAGAAAGAGGUUCAGUACAGUGACAGAGGAGAUGAAAACAGCGUCAUUGACUUGGGAGGAAAAAGACAGUAUUCAGAUUGUGCAGAAAUCUACAAUGAUGGCCAUAAGCAAAGUGGAUUUUAUAAGCUGAAACCAAUCCAGAGUCCUACUGAAUUCCUUGCCUUCUGUGACAUGUCUGAAGGGGGUGGUUGGACUGUUUUUCAGAGACGUUCUGAUGGCAGCCAGAAUUUUGAUAGAGUCUGGACUGACUAUGAAGAAGGCUUUGGAAAUUUUGUUUUGCCAAAUGGUGAAUAUUGGCUUGGAAAUAAAAAUCUUCAUUAUUUGACUAGUCAAGGGAACUAUACUUUAAGAAUUGAUCUAACUGAUUUUGAAGGAGAACGGCGUUUUGCACAAUAUGCAAGAUUUGGAGUUGCAGGUGAAGAGCGUUCUUAUGAGAUGAGCUGUGGUGAAUACUCUGGUACAGCUGGUGAUUCCCUUACUGGUGGAUUUCAUCCAGAAGUAAAAUGGUGGGCUGAUCAUCGAGGAAUGAAAUUCAGUACUAGAGACAGGGAUAAUGACAACUAUGAAGGGAACUGUGCUGAAGAGGAAAAGGCUGGCUGGUGGUUUAACAGGUGUCACUCUGCCAACUUGAACGGCUUGUACUACAAAGGCCCCUACACUGCAAAGACAGACAACGGCAUUGUGUGGUACACUUGGCAUGGGUGGUGGUAUUCUCUGAAAUCCGUUGUCAUGAAGGAUGUCAAGUAUGCAUUGACAGAGCUAAGGUACAGCCAUUUGGCCUAUGGCUUUCUAGUGGAGACUUCUCUUCAGCUCUGCUGCCCAACUAGAGCCUUCCUCUCCACGCCAUUCCCAAAACUCUUACUCCUGACACCAAUUCUUGAACCCCUUUUCCCCCAAAUUCAAAAUUCAAGAGAAAUUAAGACAUCGUGCAGCUUUUCAAAGAACACCAUCACAAAAGAUGAGGAAUGAGCAUCAGGCCGUCCAACACAGGAAGAGUUCUUGACAGAACGCUUGAGGUCUUCUAGUGCAUCACAAAGCAAUUGUACAGAAAAUAUGGAUUUCCUUAGAGAACAGCACCACCAUAACAACUUCGGCAGGUGAAACAGAAUUUAUAUGGAUAAUUACCUUUGUUUCUUACUUGAUGGGCAGCUUCUUCAUCUAAGACAGCUUUAAAACAGUACUGAACUCUAUCAUAAACUUUGCUCAUGUAAAGCUCUUACCAGAGAAUACAAAAGACUAUCUGAUUCACAAAGACACUUGCUGCAUUAUGGUUCUUUAUAAUAUCAGUGAGGAUACAGAUAUUUUUGAAGAAUGCAGUGGAAGCUGAUGUCUGGCACCUGCCUUGUCUUUGUUAUUCACCUCCUUUAUUUUACCUACAGUAUCUCCUUUCAGUUGAACAGUGCUGGAACCAAAAGUGUAAAAUGAGACUCAAGAGAAGUCAGCUGCUAAUAAAAGGUUCCACUGUCCUUUCUUGCUGACCCACUAAUUUAAAUGCAAGUGACUCGGAUGUCAUACCAGAGAAAGCCUUCACUGGGGUAUAUUUAUGCUUACUCAUUAAAAACAAAGAAGUUUCAGCAGACUGCUUCUUGGAAAUGUUGUGACAUAAAUCUUCAGCUACAAACAUGUUUCUUUGAUUAUAUGAUAAAAAGAAAUAUUUUAAGCAAAGCCUCUAUUAUUCUCUGAAAGAAAAGAGUAUUGCAGUACCGUUUAUUUCACUGCCCGUUUUACCAUCAAGGAGUCUAGUCGUAGUGGGAAGAGAAUAAGUGACCAAAAUUAAAAUCCCUUCUCUGGGACAUAUAGAUUUUGAAAGACAGAAAAAAUCUGGAACUCUUCUGACCCAUGAUCUCAUUUUCUUAAUAUGAAGAAGAAUAUAAACCACAUGUAUUCAUAAGAAGUGAAACCUAGAAUUUGUGUAAGAGUGAGAAUGAAUGUUUUUCCCAUCACCUCUGAUUUUUUUUUGUAUAAGGUAUCAAGUCGCUGAACUCUUUGAUACUCUCCUCAUGUAUGAGAGAAAUAACCAUUUUACAGAGCUCUUUGAAACCUCCUCAGGAAACUUGUAAUUCAAGGACUAUGUGUUAAUCUAUUACCUGCGUAGGCUACUAGUUCUGUCUGAUUUGCGUCUAUAUUCAGGAACCUUCAGCCUUUUCACUUGGAUAAAACCUUACUAGCAGCAGUUCUUAAACUAUAUAAACAUAGGAAGCAAGGUUAAGGCUUUUGUGCACUGUCUGCAUACUGGUUUAAGGCAGCAGAAUGGCUCCAUUUCAGAAGCAUUUUCCAUGGUGUUGAAUUCAUUCUGGGAGAGGUGCACUGCACGAGUGUGUGAGGGUAUAUUUAAAAUGCCCAGAGUUCUCCCAAAAAUAUUAUCUUUGCUAGCUUACAUCCAGGCUGUGUAUUUAAAGGAAAUAAGUGCUGACUAUAGCAGGAGGCUUCACUAUCCUUAGCCCUUACUGUCUUCAGUUUCUAGACUGGCAUGAUUAAUUAACAAAGCCUGUGGCUUCACCUUCCACAGAGACAGCAGCGCUGAACAGCAGGAAGUAAUUGGCUCUAGCUGACGCCACCAUCCAUUAUAUCAAUAUUCACAGAGAGAGACAGGAUCAGUAACUUUUAAUAAAAGUGCCACCUCCUGUAGCCAUUUUAAACACUCUGCGAGCUGCUCAUCAUAAAUGGCAAAUCAAAUCCAGAAGUACAACUCAAUGGGCAUAGUACAGUAUUUCAGUUUUCUGUGAUACAUAACGAAGUGGGGAAAAAAAGUCAGGCGUAAAAGGAUUCCUUGGAGAAUUCUAGUAAUACAUAGGGGCUAAGAAAAUGCUAUUUGUUACUACAGUUUGCAUUUCAGACUGUGGAAAAUUACAAAAACUGACAAAUGCCCACUAAUAGGAGGCUGAGCAAGAGAUUGUGGUUAAGGAGGGCGCCAUGUGGGGCAGCAGGGAUGAGUCCUCUUCUGCUGCACAUUCCAGCUCUGACUCAGAAGCUCGUCACAAUAGAAAACAUACAUGUUUUUAUAAUCCCUUGUGCAAAUAAACUGAUGUCUUCAAAACAUUCCAACAUUGCGUCUUGGUGGCUUAUCUACAUGCUAGUCUUGAGUUCAGCUAAGACAAAGCAAGUAGCUAGCAAUGAAGAAAGGAGCAUGUUCAUUCCUGCUCCGUUUUAACUUUUCCUCCUAUCCAGGACUACUGGUUUAUCAGAAAAAGGAACUGAAGUGAAAACAAAGAAAGAAGUAGAUUGCCGAGGCAAUGUUAAGGAGUUUGUAACUUUAUAUGUUUGGCUUUUUGUUACAAUUCAUUAUAUUUCCAAUGAAUCCUUAAGACUGCACAACAGCCAAAAUUAACACAUCUAAAAUAUUAACUCAAAAUUUAUCUGGUUUAUUAAUAGCUUCAUUUAUUUACAAUAUCUUUACAGCAUGAAAUAUCGAGAUAAAUCCUACUGCAUCCUAGGAGAGGAGUGCUGUAGACAGACAAUGCAUGUGUGACCUUUCUCAUUUACCUGCAAUUUUACAACAAAGUAAUAUUCUUAUUCCAGAAACACCUGAUGCAACAGUAAUCUUGUCCAAAUGGUAAAGUCGAGUGGCUUAAGCCCUAGACAGAACUGAAUUUUCUUACAAAAGGCCUGUCCAGCCAUUAAAACUAUGCCCAGAACAAGAGUUUUCCAGGGUGUUGCAUUGAAGUUGUGUUUUUUUUUCCCUAGCAAAGUUACUUUGGUCAGUUAGAAUGAGUAUUGGGGGGAGCAAAAAUAGCACAUCAGACUUGUUCUAAGCAAACUAAGGAUUGGGUCAGACAUGACUUCAUGUAAGACCUCUAAGUGAUCUAUGCUACAAUGGACUAAAACACAUUAAGUGCAAAUUUAAAAAAAUGUAAUUUUUUUCCCCAUUGGAUUAUUUUCACUCUAAAUUCCAUAUGUGUUUUCUCAUCUUCUUCCCUUUGGCUUGUGUUACCACCCAGGAGGGAAGAAGUCCUAAAUCUACAUUCAUUUUCUUGCUCCCAUUGGAUGCAUGCCAUUUCUUAAAAAUCACAUGCAGAAAAGGCUUGUUUUGUGUUUUCUUGUUUUCCCUGAGUCUCUUAUUGUCCAUUCAGUAACCUUUCAUGCAUACAGAACAGCAUUCACUUUCAAUCACCAAAUCGAAAGCACAUGCUGUCCCUUCAUUAAUGUUGGAAUUCAUCUGUCCAUUUUAGCAAUGAUGAGGAAAGAGAAAAGGAAAGGGUUUCAUUCUCCAGCUAUCUGACUUUUCACCUUUAGCAGUUCCCUUUUGAGCAAUCAGUGCUAAAUCCUGCCAUGGGCUGCUGCAAUGCAGCCUCCUCACAACAUUGCUUUGUUCCAUUCUGUUUCAGUGAGACUCAGAUGGGGACACCUUGCCACACAGAACCAGCUUUGAGGUUUUUCCUCUCUGUUUUGUUGGUGCAGGUUUCUGUUUAGUACCCACUACCUUUAUCACACAGAAUUACUCCCAUUUCUCUGUUCUUUCAUACACCAUACCUAUUUCUAAUUAGUAUGAAUACUAGCGUAGCUUGCAGCAUUAAGGUGCUGUGUGUCUAAUGCAAUACACAUUCCCAAACAUAGAGAUCUGAAACUCAUAGAAGCCUACAGAAAGACCAGGAAAAAUCCCAUUAGUGAUGGCACAGGGUUUAAGCAAACGGCAGCAUGGUACACUACGUUACAUGGUCUUGUGAGCUCAGAAGCACCAUCAAGUUAGUACCUAUUAACAACUUAACUACACAUCAGCUGGUCUGCAGGAAUUGUCAGCAUGUAUUACUUUGCAUUUGCUAUAGGCAAACCAUGUCCGAGUUGGCUUUGCCUUCUCUCCUGUCAGAACAAGUCACAUCAUUGUGUAUUUGCUGCUGACUAACAGCCUAUUCAUCCCCAUGUCCACAUUUUCUACUGUGCAAAGGAUACUUGCUAAACCCUGCUGUUUCUCACAUCCAGGCCUCACACUGGGGAGGUGCAAUAGUAAUACGAUUUUGUGUUCCUUAAUCACAGAAGAGUGACAGAAGGAAAUAAUAUUCAGCACCAUUUAAACAGUUGACCUGCUACAGAUAAGAAUGGAAUUAGUUUUACUUCAUCAAAAUAUUAUUUCUUCAAAACAUUAAGUCUAUAGUGAUCUAGUGAUGAAACCACUGAAAAGUAGGAAAGGAAACUGAGUGUGUAACCUUUUUCUCUAUUAGACGGGUGUCAAACUGAUUUUCACUGGGGGCCACAUCAGCCUCCCAUUUAUACUACUCCUACAUUUAUACAGUCCUAAAAUUACAUUUAGCCCUUUGAAGGCAACUGCAAGGUUGAUGUGGCCCCCAGCGAAAAUGAGUUUGAUACCCCUGCUCUAUUAGUUUCCCUUUAAUAUGUCUUAGUGCCAAUAAUUCUUCUGCAGGCCCCUGUCAACCGCUCUUCAUAUAGCUGAUGGUCUGUAUCUUGGAGCUGCUGCUGAGGCAUAGCCCUUAAAGGCUCAGGAGCACUUGUUUCCUGGGAAGAAGCACUUCCAAUUAGUUCUGUGCACGUGUUUUAUUGGAAUUUUAUCUUCACCUUCAUUUCUUGCCCACAGAUGGCUCCUUGAACAGAAAGAUCCUGAGACUUUUAGAAGAAAAGCUGUUUUCCUUUAAAGAAAAAAAAAAAAAAAAACAAAGGCAAAAAAUAAAAGUGCAAAGAAACAAUCAGUAAUAGAAAAAAGUAAGAAUGUGUUGUGCUGGCUGCUUUUCACCCUGCACUCCAGAGUGGAAGACUCCAUUCCCUGUUUACUGUCUCUAACACCCAGAUUAUCUCCCACUCCUUCUCCAGCUUUCUGACUCAUCUGCCAGCGUCGUGUUUGGAGAUCUCCUCCAACGUCUACUCUGAUGUACUAUGGGGUGCCACAGAAAUUUGUUGUCAACCAUUGUCCCUUUAUCACAUCAACUAGUCCCACCUGCAGAGAGAUCCAGCCAGCAUCUCUAGGCACUUUUCUCACAAGUCUCUUCUUCCCCCUCCUCUCACCAAGUCAUUCAUCAAAUUACUUCCCUUGUGGUUAUUUAAACAUCAGCUCCAGUUCAGCAUGGCUGAAAACCAGAAUUCUAAAUUUUCUUUCUGCUCGGUCAUUUCUUGACAUCUACAAAGAAUAGCACUGACUGGAAAUCCUCACAUUGUUGCAAUAUAUGAAUCUCUCAAACAUCUUCUUCACGUGAUCUGUGACUGAACCUUUCCUAUCAGCCAUCCUCCCAGCCAGUGUACUUUGUGCAAAGUUUAGCAUCUCUCUUGCUGUAAUAUCCCUUCCCUAGUGCCUUGGCAAAGGCAAUUAAAUUCUCAAUUGUACUCACAUGGAUUGAAAAUAAUGUUUUAAAGAUGUCUACUGGGUUGUCAUGUUCACUAUAAAAUCUUCUUUUUUUUCCUCUUAGACAAAUAAUCAUAUUUGGUAUUUUUGCAUAAAUCCACUUAUGUGAAGGUAUAUUUGUUUAGGAAACCACAUAUGUGAAAAAUACAAAGGGGUAAUAACUGUAGCUACAAAACAGCAAAGUUGUCAUUCUUCAUAUGGCUACGUAAGCUCACUGAAAUGAUACUAAAGAAGUAAAUGGGGAAAAUUAGGCAAUUUUUUUUCUAACUAGAAAAAACAGAAAAGUAAUUAGUCUAGAAGAAUAAUAUACAUUCUCAAUCACUAAUAUUGGGAAGGAAAUCUCUAGAUUUCUCAAAAUAUUAAUAAAAUGGUUAAAGUGAUAUCUUAACUUCAUAGAAGAUUAAACUUAAUGUUUGCCUUAUUACUUUAUUUGCCAUAAGAAAAUGUUUCAAAAAAUUUAUUGAACAGUUGUUCAUAUGAAUUGUGCUAGAAACCAUGAGCCAAUUCCUUAAUGUACAUUUAAGAAUAAUGGAGGAAUAAAUCAUUAAUAACAGAUACAAUGUAGGGGGUUUAUCUAACAGAUAAUGGCCCACGAUAGGAAGAGUUUUAUUACCUUAGGGAAUCAAGUGAACUACAAUUAGUGUAACAGUUAAAGCAUUAAGAGUAUUCUAGUUCUCCACCAGUGCUCCUUAUAAGCAGAGGACUAAACUUUUAGUGAAAAGCAUAUGAAAAAAAAAUUACUUACAGGAUUAAUUUAGCCCAGAGAUCUCUGAUCUGUCCACCAAUAUUUUUUGUGGGGAUACACAGUGUGACUAAUUAUCUUCUGAACUGUGGAGGAGAAGUACCAGGAAUUCUUAGAAUGAUUUUAUUUGUAGCCAUGACAGGUAAAAUCACUAGUAAAAUUACACGAUCGAGCCCAAAUUACCAUCCAAAGACAUUUUCAACGUUUUCAGCAGGGCUACUCCUAAUGAUGUUCUCUACCAUACAUCAUCAGUAUGUUGUCAACGCAGGAAAUAUACAAUUUUAUUCAAAUAGGCCUUGGGCGGAAAAUAAGUCAUAUGAAUGUGAAGUGUGUGGUAACAAAAAUCAAAGAAUAUUCAUUAGUAAUUGAGCCUCAGAAGAUAAUGAAGACUUUCAACUGUAGUGCUAUACUUUUCUUCAACCAAAAUUGGCACUGGCCUCCACAAAGGUUUGCUUUAUCUUAUGCAGUACGUUAAAUGUAGACUGUGUAAGCAAAAGGGAACAGUACCUACCAUUUGCCAAAGAAAUUAAAUGCAGUUAUUGACAUUCAUUACAUGUCUCCACUGGCCCCCUCUCCACCUCAAUUAAAAAAAAAAAAUCACAACAGAGUACAUUAACCCCCAGCCUGCUGGAGUGUUACCUGACAGAAGUCAGCCUCCCCAUACCAAGAAUUACCUGUGUACACUCUGCUGUGUAACAUGAAAAAAUCCGCAACAUAGUGUUUUCCCAAAUACAACCAAGACUUUGCAGAGUCUAUAAAUCCACCACAGACCAAGCUGUUGCAAUGUUAAGAGCUACAACCCCCACAUUCUGGCACUGGUUUUCUAGCCAGGAGCUCCCAGCUCUGGGCCAGGUGCUCCCACUCCCCACCACACCAGGAGUGUUGGUACCUUGGACCAGAAUCUCUAACAGCCAGCAUAAGAAGCACCUGCGUUACCAGUUACUGACACUGCAACUACAACCUUCUUGGCAUCUAAAACAUUUAAUGCUUGAGUUAUGCUGGAGCAGGGUCUGCACUCUAGACUUCAGCAUUUUUCAAAAGCGUGAUAGGAGGAAGAAGAGGUCCUCUCAGCAGCUAAAAAGGUGGAUCUUAAGGACAACACUGAAUCCCUGUCUGGCACUUCCAAGGAAAUCCCCUUCGUCACCAAGCCAGAGGCUAGCUGGGAGGAAUGCCUCUCAUUGUGCAUGCCGAAAGGCUGUUAUUCUGAACAACCUAAUCCACAUUCAUUGGGCCAGGGAAGCAAGGCAUCACUUUGCAGUGCAACAAUUGAGGUUCCUAGCUGGGAGCGGAGAAAUUUGAAUUUCAAUCCCUGUUACAAGUCUGCUUUUCUAGCCGAUUACCAUAUAAUAUUAAAGUAAACAAGCAACCAUAAGAGUCAGGAUCUGAAACCGAGUGAGUUCCCUAAUAACCUAUUCAAAACCAUCCAUUACCUUGGAUACCAACAGGACACAGAUUUGGCCAUCCUGUGCUGCUGCAUUUUUACUGUUAUUGAUACUCACAUUACCUGGUACCAUUUCAAAUUAUUGAUACCUGCUGCAAUCACAUCUAUUAUUAAAGGCAGACAUACACCCAUCUUGGGGUAGUUUUUCUUUCCAGCCCCUUCAGCAGCAUUCAUGGAGCCUACUCCUGACUAUUGACAAGAAGUAAAGAAAGAUAUAAAACACUAUCUGUUACUCCAUUUCUUCUCUUUCCCACCUAUUGUGAUAGUCACCCCUUGCUUUGGUCUCUCCAAUUAUUUCCCAUGCUUUAUCCCUCUUUGUGGUCUUGGUGACCUUCCUUGUCAUCCUUUGUCUUCUAAUAUCUUCCUCAUGUAAGUUUUUUUUCUUUUCUUCCCUCUUCUUUAUCUUUUCCUUCCCUCCUUUUUCAACAUUCAGUGACCUGAUACUGCAGUCUUCCUCAUAUGAGUUCAUGAAACUCAAAAUGCAUGGACCAGAAGAGCUGAGGAGGGAAAAAAAAAGGCAGAAAAGCAAAAGUCAUUUCAUGACUACUUAGCAAGAGAAGAAAGGGCUGUCACGAGGUUUUGAUCAGAACAACUGUUUUCCAACAGCUUUUGAUUAGAAUCCCAGUAAAGGGACUUCCAAGGACAAACAAUGCAAAAAAUGGAAAUCAUAUAGACCUCAGUGUCCCCUCUAGUUCCUUCUUCUGCAGUGAGAGUCUUUGGCCACUUUGAAAUCCUCUUUGAUUAGAUUUGACAAAAUUUUCCACCAUGUUGUGAUUUCAACUAUCACCAUCAACAUGAAUACCAACUUCCCAGGUGGGAAGAUUUUAAAGGAACACCAGUGCAACUGUUCCUGAAUUUGCUUGUUAUUACCUCAUUUUAAAAUAAUCCAAGUCUCUAUUUUUUAAAUUGAUUUUUACCAUUGAUUACUGCUAUAUGAAAGGCCUAGACAAACAAACCCAAGAAAAAUGAAAGAGCCAUCAGAGUGGAGUGGUUGCAGUGAACGCUGAAUGAACUGUGAUCUUUGGUGGGAUAAAGAUCAACAUGACAAGCUUUCAGCUGUAGCGAUCAGUCGAUACUUUCCAGACCAUCCCCACAGUGACAAAGACAGAGGCAUUUUUAAGUUGUAAUUGAGAUUAGCCUCGAUAUAUACAGUUGGAGCCAUGCCUGUGAACUUUGCUAAAAGGCUGGCUAUGUAAACCAUCUAUCACUCAGUUCCACAUGAGCAGUAAUCCAAUGACACCACAAAAAUCUCACGAUAUCCCUUGCUCCACACGUCCAGCCACAGCAGAGGGCUCCUGCCAGGGUGCUUCAGCUGUGCUACUGAAGGAUUUGCCUCUCAAGGUCUGGAGUCCCUCACUAAAGAUUGGCAUUAUUCCCUCUCGGGGUGGCCAAGUCUUGUACAAUGCCCAGUCUUGUAGCCCAAAAGCGCUCUUGCUCUAAUCCAGCUCACUAGAUUUGCAAUCAUGUGCUAACCGAAAGCCCGUGUGUAAUACUACUGACUCCAGCAUGCUUGGGAUGAAGCCCAUAAAGAUGGGCAAGAUUGCUUUUCAUGGAUGGGAAUAAAAUAUUUUGUUUGUUACUACUAAGCUAACCACAAUAGAAAUAAAUAGUGCUCUUUCAUGUGGUGAUGAAACAAAGCAA